AUGGCUGAGAGUCACCAAAACGCCAUCCAAGUGAUGUCGCUCCAUGAAGAUGAACCUGUUGACAUGCCGGAUACCCCUAGCUUCAAGGUUUUUGACCAAAAUGCUAACUCUCUGCUUGGCCGCCUGCUUAACCCAGAUUGUCAACCUAUGGACAAGAUGAUAGAAGAUAUGCCGAGAGUAUGGAGGGUUUAUGACCGUGUUCGCGGGAUUGCGCUCUCUUGGGAGAAGCUUCAGUUUAUCUUCGAGAGGGAAGAAGAUCUAGAGACGGUACUGAAAGAUCGCCAUGGUCCUAUAACAACUGGACUAUGCUGGUGGAUCGGUGGAUCCCCUCCCGCCCCCUGCUGA